UGAACAACUGAAGAAGACACCCUUUCUUUUGUGGAGGCUGCUACGCCUGGUGCAUGUUGACAUUGUGAUUUUUAAACCAGGUUAACCAAAAAGCACUUUGACAAGAGUCUUCAUUACACUUCUUUUUUUUUCUGUCAAUUAGCAAUAUGUGCCAGGCAUUGGAAGUUUUGAUUUUAAUCUGAGUUUUUAGUCUUUGAAUUUAAAGAAAUCAGAAAUAAUACACAAGCAGAAUACAGAACACCGAAUACUGUAUAACAAGAAGGAGACCAUGGUCAAGCGAGUCGCAAUAAUUGGAGCCGGUGUGAGUGGCCUGACCUCCAUCAAAAGUUGUUUGGAAGAAGGCUUAGAGCCCACCUGCUUUGAGAGAAGUGAUGACAUUGGGGGAUUGUGGAAGUUUACUGAAACGACUGGACAUGGGAUGACCAAAGUCUACAAAUCUGUAGUGACCAAUAUCACCAAGGAAAUGUCAUGUUAUAGUGACUUCCCCUUUCCAGAAAAUUUCCCCAACUACAUGAAGCAUACUAUGGUGAUGGAGUAUCUUCGUUCCUAUGCUGAACACUUUGACCUUCUCAGAUGUAUUCAUUUCAAGACCACUGUAAGCAGUAUAACCAAGCACCAAGACUUUGCUGUCACUGGCCAAUGGGACGUGGUAACAGAGACAGAAGGAAAGCAAGAUACAGCUACCUUUGAUGCAGUAAUGAUCUGCACAGGACAUUACCUGAAUCCCCGCUUACCUUUGGAGUCCUUUCCUGGAAUCAACAAGUUUCAAGGACAGAUCCUACACAGUCAAGAAUACAGGAGUCCAGAAAGUUUUCAGGGUAAACGGAUCAUUGUGAUUGGUCUUGGGAAUACUGGUGGUGAUAUUGCAGUGGAACUCAGUCGUGUGGCAGAAAAAGUGUUUCUCAGUACUAGAAGUGGUGCCUGGGUCGAUAGCCGUCUUUCUGAUGAUGGCUACCCCACUCAUAUGAUUCAAACAACAAGAUUUCUUCAUCUGGUUGCACGUUCCCUACCUUCAACCAUCGUGAACUGGAUGGGGAAGAAGCGCAUGAGUAAAUGGUUUAACCAUAAGAAUUAUGGAUUGAGUAAUCCAAAGGGGCGACAACAAAAGAGAAUUGCAAAUGAUGAAUUGCCCAGCUAUAUCCUAUGUGGUUCUGUCACUAUGAAAAUCAAUGUGAAGGAGUUUACAGAAACAUCUGCCAUCUUUGAAGAUGGGACUGUGGAGGAGAACAUCGAUGUUGUGUUUUUCGCUACAGGAUACACAUACUCUCUUCCUUUCCUUGAAGAGCCUAUGGAAAAAUUCUGUAAAAACAAGAUCUUCAUAUACAAAUUUAUCUUCCCCUCAAACUUGGAGAAGGCAACUCUGGCUCUCAUUGGCCAUGUUGGUUUGCAAGGCUCCAUUAUAGUAGGCACAGAACUCCAGGCCCGCUGGGCCACAAGAGUAUUCAAAGGACUGUGUAAGAUCCCUCCGUCAAACAAAAUGAUGGCUGAAGCUACCAAGAAGGAACAGCUCAUAAAAAGAGGUGUUAUUAAGGAUACCACCCAAGGGAAACAGGACUAUCUUACCUAUCUGGAUGAACUUGCGACAUGCAUAGGAGUAAAGCCCAACAUCUUGCUCUUGUUCCUGAAGGAUCCCAGGCUUGCAAAGGAAGUUUUCUUUGGUCCAUGUACAUCUUACCAGUACCGUCUGAUGGGUCCUGGGAAAUGGGAUGGAGCCAGAAAGGCUAUCAUGACUCAGUGGGACAGGACACUCAAGCCCUUACAAACUCGAGUCAUUCCUGAUUAUUCUGAAUCUACCUCAAUACCAUAUUGGCUAAAAGUCUGGGGGCCACCUGUUCUAUUUGUUGCUGUUCUGCUUACUUAUAAAUCCUCACUUCAGCUGCAAUUGACGAGGAUUACAGAAGUGGGGGAGAGAAUUUCUACUUAUGUAGCGAGCACUAUGAGAAAAUGAAUGUGAUAAAUCAGUUAGACUACCAGACUAAUAAGAAAUGGUGACACACAGGCCUCCUCCCCAUCUGUUGGAUAAAUUAAUUCAAUUAUUAUAAUUAUUUAGUGCUUCCUAAGGGCCAGGCACUGUGCUAAGCAUUAGAAAUACACAAAGAAAAAGUCACUGUUUUCAAGAAGUUUAUAAAUAGAGGAGACGACAUGCAAACAGCUAUGUACAAAUAAGACAUAGACAGGAUAGACUGGAAGUAAUUUUAGAUAGAAGGAACUAGCAUUAAGGGAGAUCAUGAAAGUCUUCUUUUAAAAGAUAAGAUUUUAGCUGGGACCUGAAAGAAGCUUAAGUAGCUAAAAGAUGGAUGCAAGGAAGUAAAGAGUUCCAGGCAUGGGGGACAGACAGUUAAAAAUGCAGUUAGGAGAUGUAAUGGUAUGGGAGAGAAGUAGCAAGGAGGUUAGAUGCACAAUCAUAGAACCCUGGAGAGGAGGGAAAUAAGACUAUAAAAAGUAGGAAGGAGUCAGGUUAGAAAGAGCUUCAAAAGCCAAUUAAAGGAUUUUUUUUUACAUUUCAUCCCAGAGGUAACAGGGAGUCACUGAAAGCAAGUGAAUGGUAGGAGGGUGGAUGGGGUGGGGAGGAAGAGAUUGACAUGAUCAGACCUGAGCUUAAUAAGCGGAAUUUAACAGCAGAGUGGAGAAUGAACUGUAAUGGUAAGAUCUGAAACAGGAAGAACCAGUAGAAGAGUAUUGCAAUACUCCAGGUAUGAGAGAAUGAGGGUCUGCACAAAGGAGCUGGCAGUGUUGAGAAGAGAAGAUGGGGAAUAUGUAACAAGAGGUGUGACAUGAAGGUAGAAUCAACAGGAUUUGACAAGUGAUUAAAUACAAGGGAGUAAGAGAAAGUGAGGUCUCAAGGAUGAUCCAUAGGUUGGAAACCUGGAUCUCUGGAAGAUGUUAAAAUCCUCAACACUAUUAGGAAAGUUGGCAAAAAGAGGGAGCUUGAGGGAAAAGAUAAGGAGUUCAGUUUUGAACAUGUUGAGUUUCAGAUAUCUAUAGGACAUCGAGUUUCAAACACUUUAAAUUGUUUCAUCACAGCAUUAUAUGAACAGCCUAUUGACACCCAAUUAUGGGGGGAAAUGUUAAUAUAAUGCAAAAUUAAAUAGGCACUGACUCUUAAAAAUCUAGAAAAGGUCUAAGAAUAUUUCCUACCAUUGAGCCUGAGGAACACUUGACAGCUUUAAAAACAAACAAACAAACAACAACAACAACAAUCCAACUGUUUUGGACUUUUCCCUCUUGGAUCAACAACAAAGAGCUGCAUUUUUUACUUGCAAGUUCACCAUCUACAUCUUAUUUUAAUUCUCAUCAGAAAGCUCACCAAAGAACUUCAUCUACCUACUAAUGCAGGUAUCUACACCUAUUGUAACAAGCAGUAACACAAUAAUCAUCAUUUGCUAAUACAAUAAAAUCUCAGAGAAAGGAGAGAUUCAAUUCCAUAAGCAUUUAUCAAAAAUGCUCACUCUAUACAGGACACUGUAGUAGGUGAUGGGUUUAUGAAGAUUGUUUCUGUCUCAAAAAAAGUUUAUGUUCUGAGCAGAGAAAAUGUAAUGUAUUGAUUCUGGGGAUAUAGAGAGAAGUAAAUGGAAAGCAGUUGUUUUGGUGAGAAGAGAUCACUAAUAACUAGGGAAAUUCCAAAGUACAAUAUGAUGGAUCCCUGAAAAAGGCUAGGAAUGCCAAGAGGUAGAGAUGAGAGAACCAGCAUUCUAGACAUAGAGAAAGCCUGUGCAAAAGUUUGAAGGCAGAAAAUAGAAUGACACAUAUGGGAAAACAUAAAUAGGUCAUUUUGAAGGGAAAAUGAAAUUCAUAAUUGGGAACAAGGUGAAAUACUUCUAUACAUAAGUUAAUUUGGGGAAUUUGGAUCUAAGGAAUCUGAAUCCCUAAGAUAAGGUUGAGUUUAAGCUCCAAACCGGGGUCAUUUUUUAUUUCUCCUUCCUUCAUCCCCUUUAUCCUGUCAGUUCCCGAGUACUACCGGGUGUUUUCUCCCUUAGCUUCUUUUACAUUUAUCCUUUCUUUUACAUUCCUUUUACCAUCACUAUAAUUCAGGCCUCUCAACUUAUGACUGAACUAUGGUAAUCACUGAACUAGUUUCCCAGCCUUCAGAUUCACUCUAAUAAUUCUACAAACCACUUCUAGAUUAAUGUUCCUAAAACAAAACUUUGAUGCUGUCAUUCCCCCACCUAAAAUCUUCAAUGGUUCCCUAUUAUCUAACAUUUUUUUUUAAAUCCCAUCUAUUAUUCAAGACUGGCAUUAUACUACUGGCAUUAUUAGUAUAUCUUUUCAAUUUUACUACUUGUUAUUAGUAUUCCACAGUAUUUACUCUAACAUUCCUUAAAAUUCAUUAGUUUAUAGACUUUCAAAGAAACCUUAGGCAUCAUAUAGUACAACCUCUUCACUUUCUAGUUGAGGAAAUGGAAGCCUAAGUGACUUGCCUAUAAUCAAAAGGACAAUUAGUAGCAAAGUUUGAAUUGACAUAUAGAUCCUUUAACUCCAAAUCUAAACCUUCCCAAUACUCCUUAGUCCUUUUCCUCUGCCCUUUCCAUUCUUCCUACUUGGAAAACCCUUCAUCUAACCCCAUCCCUAUUCAUUUCUGUCUAAAUUCCAUUCAACCUAAUUCAAGGUCUAUAAGGCAGCAUAGGGGGAGAAUCACUCAAUUUAGAAUCAGGACCCAAGCCUUGGCUGUGCUAUUUCUUAAUUAGUAGCCUUGAGAAAAUCAUGAAAUCUCUGGGGCAGUAGGUUUCAUCUUCAAUAAAACUAGAAGGUUGUGUUACAUAACUUUAAGGUCCCUUCCAACUUUAAAUCCUAUAUCCCUUGCUAAGAAGGAUCUUUCCAUACUCUGAUCUCUUAAAAUGCUUAAAUUGUCCCAUUCAUUUAGCACAUCAUUUAGUUAUUCUAACUUUUGCUACUUGUAUAUUUUUCUUAUUACAGUAAGGAUUUUGUCUUUUUAAAUUCUGUAUCUAGGGCAGUGCCUGGCACAUAGUAGUCAUUCAAUAAAUAUUUAUUCAAUAAUUAUCUAUGGUGUUUGUCAGCUUGCAUAUGAACAUAUUUGUCUUUUCUAUUAUCACAGAACUCAUCAACACUAUCUAUCCUCUUGAUCUUGAGUCUACUAUUAGAUCAACCACUGAAAAAAUUGUCAGAGCUAACAUUACAUAUAAGCAAAAUAAGAAUUAUGACUUACAAAUUGGAGCAGGGGUCACCAGAAGGUCUUCCUGUCCCCAAUAUUGGUGGAUUUGAAAUAAGCAGACCUGGGUUGGAAUCUUACCUCUACUACUUUUACUACCUGUGGAACCUUGACAUAACUUCCCUAGGCCUCAAUUUUUUUCAUUUAUAAAAUAAGAGAGUUGAAUUACUUCAUUUCUAAAUUCUCUCCCAGUUCUAAAUCAUAAUUCUCCCUGCCAGACUACUUCGGUGCUUGAAAUUUCAUGAUCAGUGACUUAUGGUUAAUAUGCUUUUUUAAAUUAAAGGUUAAACAAAUCUAGAGAUUUUUGAAGUUUUGGACUAGAUGAUUUCCAUAGUUCAUUGUUGUGAUGUUCUUUUUCUUCUUUAAAAUAUAUAAGAUGAUGGUUCUCUCUGGGAGAAGGUAGGUUUCUCAGGGGAGGUUUUCUGGAGACAGCUUUAGUUUCAAUUCAGAUCAAUAAUUACCCCAAAUGCAGCCAGCUGGUAAAAAUACAAAUGUUUAUUUCUCCUUCCAAGUCUUGUCUCUUUCCUUGGGCCCGGAUAGCUAGAUUCUUAGAGGCCUAUCUCUCUGCUUGGUUCCAAGAGCUCCCCCCGAAUGUCUCCAAAUCCAAAGGUUUGUCCUUCAGCCUCUGCCUCUGCUUUCUUCAGCCUCCAGCCAGUACAAAGAUGAAUCUGUCUUUCUUGCCUUCCGAAGUAAUUCUCUCCUGGCUCUAGCUCAACUCCGACUUGUGGCUUCUUCUGACUUGACGCUCUUCUCUCCAUGUAAUUUGGCUGAAUUCUGUCUGAGAGCUUCUGUCUGUAUCUUAUAUAUGAGAGAGAGGAAUUGUGGGAUACUAGAGAGAGGAAUUAUGGGUUUCUUCCAGAGUGCUCUCUGGCCCUAAGAGCUUCAAGGGAGGUGUGAAUUCACAAAGUUAUAAAGUUUACUUUGUGAAUUUCCCAUACUUGUGAACUCCAAUGAGUAAAGGUGUGAACACAAGCAUUGUAUCAAUUAGUUUUACUUAGUACCUUGUUUCAGGUUCUGGCCCAAAACAUCAACUCUAAUGAGUUAGCAGUUUGUAAAGAUUCCAACACAUUGAAAGUUUUAACAUUCUAAGAAUUUACUCAUCAUAGUCUGGGUAUCCAGGUUCUUGUCUUUAUAAGGUCAGCAAGUUGAAUUUUAAAAACCAAUUAUUAAAUUCAUCUGCAAUACAAGGUAAAAUGUUAUUUUGACUAAUAAGAAAUAACUUGUUAAUAAUAAUGCACAUAUCUAUUGAGCUUUAAGAUUUAUAAAGCUCAUGCUCACAACAAUUGUUGUUGAGAUCGAGACUGUAAGUUCAAUUACGCCCAUGUUACAGAUAAAGAAAUUGGCUCAGAUUCACAUAAAAUUUCUAAAGAGCAGAACUGGGAUUGCCAAAUACUGUUAUUUUGUAAUAAGGUAAUGUUUCUUCUCAUGUGUUAGUAAUACAAUAAACCUCUUGAUUUGACACUCA